CGCCGACGACAACUUCGACUCCGAGCACGCAGCAGCCAUGGCCGACCCCAUAGACCCUCGUCUACAAUACGCCUCGUCGCUUCCACCGCGAACCCUUUCGCAAUCGUACCCAGUAGGCCCCGCGUUACAGAACAAUGCCGGCACCCAUCAACCAUACUAUCUCCCCGCCACCACGCACUCGCAGCCCCCACAUCUCGCCCAAGCUCCCCCGCCGAGCAACCUCGAUCCCGCUCUCGAGCAGACCUCUCCAGCUGGUCUCGAGGGCCCCUCUGACGAGCAUGACGACUCCGAUGUCGACCACGAGGGUACCCAUGACACUCCCGGCUCAGCCAAGUCUCCAGGAGACCUCAAGCGUGCAAGAGCCUGCGAUUCCUGUCGAGGUCUGAAGGUCCGCUGCGAUCAACAACGACCAGACCAGCCAUGUAAACGCUGCGAAAAAGCGAAACGGCCAUGUGUAACUACCCCACCCACGAGGAAGAGGCAGAAGAAGGCCGAUAGUCGUGUCGCAGAACUCGAGCGCAAGAUUGAUGCCUUGACUGCGACACUGCACGCACAGAAGGGGGGCCCCGCCACUGAGGGGUCCUCUUCUCUGGCUGGUAUACAACAGUACGAUCCCGCUCCUGGCGGCUUUCCCCCGCACCCUCGCGACGAAGGCACUUAUGGAGUGGGCAUGAUCAGACAUGAGUGGUCACACCUCCCCAGCCGCUCCCAAGACGCACCACCAGGCUAUGGGCCUGCACAGACACACCGAGGGCCAGAUCCGAAGCGAAGGAGACUCGGUGAUGGAGGUGGACACCCUACUAUCCCGGAGGAUAUGGAUGCCAUCCAUCGCGACCUAGCUGAACACCCUGAGAUGAAGCGUACAAACAAGAAAGGGAUACAGGCAGAUCAUUCCUACAUCAAUGCUCUAAUCGAUAGUCUCAUGACAUCCAAUACUGCCGAGCGCAUCUUUAAUCGCUACGUACAGGAGAUUUGCCCUCACUUUCCCGCAGUUCCGCUCUCCCCUGGAAUUACGGCCCGCGAAGUUCGCGAUAAGAAACCACUGCUCUUCUUAGCUAUCCUGGCAGGUUCAUCUCAUGGAAGUGCUGAGCAGCUGGUACCUCAGGAUGUACAGAGGGAGCUCACGAAGCUGUUGAAAGAUCAAUUUGCUGAUAUCAUCUGGCGAAAUGGUGAGAAGUCGCUGGAGAUUGUGCAGGCGUUGCAAUUGGGCGUCUUAUGGUACCGCCCACCAAUGCACUACGAGCAGCACAAUUUCUACAUGAUGGUUAAUUGUGCCGCGGUUAUGGCCCUUGAUCUCGGACUUGGAAGACCGGCAACCCCAAAUGUCAUGAAGCUUGCCGUUGGCCCUUUUCGUCGAUGCCAUCCUAACGCUAGUAGCAUUGAAGCGCGACGAACAUUCCUGGUAUGCUAUUACCUCUGCAUGAGCAUCACAAUGGUCCUCCGGCGCCCCAUUCUCCUUCGUUGGACAAAAUACAUGGAGGAGAGUGUAAAUAUCCUCGAAACCUCUACCGAAGCACUUCCUUCGGAUAAAAUUCUGCUCCAGCACAUCAAGAUGGCCCAUAUUGGCGAAAAUAUCUCUGUGCAGUUCUGCAUGGAUGAUCCCUCGGUUGAGGUGUCUAUCUCUGAGCCUAAGGUCAUCUAUGCCUUGAAGAUCUUUGAGAACGAACUUCAGCAACUGAGGGACCAAGAUGCACAGAUGGACCAGGUCGACCCUGCAUUGCGACUCGCCGAGCAUGUCACAAACCUUUACGUUCAUGAAAUCGCACUUCACCACAACCAAAGCGUCGCCGACUUCCAACCACCCUUUCCUUCCGAGUCUUUUGCCUCUGGUGUCACCAAGAAAGAUGCUAUCGGGCCAGCCCAUAUCAGUGCUCUAGGCGAGUGUUUGACUGCGACCCAUGGGAUUCUAGAUACUAUUCUAAGCGUCCCUUUUGAUAUCCUCCUGACUCUUCCAGUCAUUUUCUGUGUGCGCGCAAUAUAUGCUAUUGUGUGUUUAAUGAAGAUGUGGGUGUCCGUCACUUCGGCCGGCGAAGUUGGUACUAUCAUAAAGAAGGAGCACUUGGGAAUUGAAUCCUAUACUGAAAAGUUGGUUAAUAUGUUCAACGCAAUCGUCUCUCGCGACGCACAGAGCCCUCACGGCAAGUUCUACUUCGUAGCCAAGCGGCUGCAAGAGCGGUUCGCGCAAAUUAAAGAGGGCACUCAGAAGAUCGACACCACGGAAAUUCGAGACGAACAGCGCCGUUCCGAGAGCAAGCCUAGUAACAAGCGCCCUAGGCAGAGCUCAGCGAACCAAACACCCCUCCACCUCCUCUCGGAAGUCGCAAUGGGCAGCAGUGCCUCCACUCCUUCAACCCAGUCUCAACCCGCAGCGAUUCAACCACCACAGCAGUCGAUGCCGCAGGGCUGGUACAGCAAUCCAGCUAUGGGCCCACAGCAACCAGAGAUGAUGGCGAUUCCGCCUGCUGGCUUCGACCCCAACUUCGACUUCACCCAGUUUGACUUGAGCAUGGGUAGCGAUGCUGAUCUGUCUGCGCUUUUCAUUCCGGACUCUAUGCUGUGGAACUUUGGGCCUGAUCUUGGUACGAGUAAUUACAACCAUGGGACUGCGUUCUAAUUAUUGCUUGUUGUAUAUUAACUUGUGGAAUACAUACUAAAAAUUCUUUCUCCCUAGGUCUGUUAGGUGUCCGUGGCUUCUGGCGUCGAGAUUUUACGCAUAUAAUGAGCAAUUUC